AUGGUUCGUGGCAUCACCUCUGCCUCUGUCAUCCCCACCGCAUCCGAAGGAGAAGGGGGAGACCACGCCUCAGUAGAAGAAAAUACCGUAAGCGUAGCGGAACUCGAAUCGAAAAAAUAUCUCCAAGCCGCUUUCCAAGGCCAAAUUUCCACGGAACAACCAAAUCCAGACAAUCUCAGCUCUGCGAUUCCCACAGAUUCCCCUAUGGAAAUCAAUGACGCUGGAGCCAAAGUACAACAGCAAAAGCCUGCACCUCGCCAACGUUCACAGUCAGCAGUCGUGCAGAAGUCCAAUACUACGGAGCUUACCAAGAACUACUUGGACCUCGUGAGAGAUUUUCGUCAGCUACAGCCAUUCACACGCCGCCCUGACGGCUCAUAUCCGACGGGUACCCUUUGUGUGUACUGCGUCAACACAAGACCCACCUCAGUCUUUUUCCCUUGUCAGCACAUGUGCGUGUGCGACGGCUGCAUUAAAUCAGGCAACAUUUCCACAGAUUACUCGUCAUCAAUGGACUGGUGCGCAUGUCCAGUGUGCAUGACGGAUAUCCGGCUUAUCUUGCCCCACUCAGGCAAGGAAGAAGAGCGAUACUGGCGUUGGGCUCUGGAGAUCAAGCCCACUCUGCCGCCACGGUUUAAGCAAGAGUUCAAAGAAGCUGGAAAGCGCUUGAACAAGAGCGUGACGCCAACGGGGGGUUCACGAAGCCCACUUGAGUCAACGUUUCGACGGAAAUCAAAUCCACUAGAAACUCCGAAAACACCUUCUCCAAAGUCCAAGUUCCUCGUCACUGGACGUCGCCACUCGUGGCAGUCAGGGGAAGUAACAACAGAUCAACAUGUGGUAGCAUCCAAUGAGCACGACGAAGCUCGUCAUUGCUCCAUUUUGUGA